GGGUGUUUCUAGAAAAAGCACACCCAGUCCGUUUCCCUUUCGUCGAAGAUAUUGCGGUUCCCAAAACUUCCGUCCCGGUGAUGGAUGCGAGCCCAAGCCAACAACGCAGCUGGGAGAGCGCCUGAGGCGUUUGGCGGCCGGCGCCGGGCGAGAGCUGGAGACUGCGAGGUCCUGCUCGUGUGAUCGGAAUCCAGUCUGUCGAUCCAAUUGGGAGGGUAGAGAUUCGAGAGCAAGACCGGCCUGUCUCUCUGUCUUUGCCCCACCCUGACUCUUCCCCUGCUUCGCGAUGGGAGGCUCCCCUGCUGGGGAUGGGACCCUGUCCCUGGACGGCUUCAACGCCUCCGCGGCGGCGCUGGUGAAGAGGUGGAAGGAGAUCGAGGUCGACGACUCCCUCCCUGACUGGACAUGGAAGCCCUGCAGCAAAAUGGGUGUGCCGUCAGAGGUAGAGGGGUAUCUGGCGUUGGAAGGAGUGUACCGCGACUGUGGAGGGAGCCAGGAGCAGAUUGACGAGAACGACAAUUCUGAUGGUGCAGACGUUGUUGCGUGUGAUACUUGGCAUUCGUUGUGUCCUUUCCCUUUGCAGGUCCAGAGCUGUAGUGAUAAUGUCCAUGUUUAUGAUUUCCAUGUUGUCUACAGCUACUCUUACAAGGUUCCGGUGCUAUACUUUCAGGGUCAUCGUUCUGAUGGACAGCUGCUAACGCUGGAUGAGAUAAAACAACACCUUCCUUCUAACUCGCUUAAAGUAUUAGGCGAGUCGAAGUGGACGUUUAUUACUCGGGAGGAGCACCCCCACUUAAGCAGGCCAUGGUUCACCUUGCACCCCUGUGCAACCAGUGACUGGAUGAAGCUACUUCUUGAACAAAGUAAAGUGGCAAUUGAGGAACAAUCGCUGCUGCGAUAUCUAUCGGCAUGGCUAUCCGUGGUUGGCCAGGCAGUAGGACUUAAAAUCGCUCUUGAGCUUCAUUGCAACUCAUAGGUUCCCUCUUUUUUGCGUUUUCAGUUUGUAUGUAUGGUAUAUGACUAUAUGGUGUUUGAAAGGGAAAGUUCUCACCUCAUACCUGGUGAUGUAUAAGGUUACGGUACUUCUGAGUUCUGACGCUGGUUAUACUUGCCCAUUUGAAAUUUUGUGGUAGAUUUCUACUUUCAUUGCA